ACUUACAAUCCCAUUCUUGAAUAAUUCUUCUACUUCUUCAAUUGUCCUAAUUCUAAGUUACUUCGUUUCGUCGCGUAAAGAAAUAAUGGAAUUUGCACAUAGUAUGUCGGGUUUUGAUGUGGGCAUGCAGCUCCAAUCCAUACAAGACUUUCUUCUAAGCGACUCCGAUUUCUCACUGGAUUUUCUGUGGGACAAUGCGACCCCAGUUCUCGACGACAGCGAGAGCUCGACGUCGCAAAUGGUUGAUGAGUUGCUGAGUAAUAGUAGCGACGGAGGAGAGGUCGUCGAAACACCGGCCCAGCGGAGUGUUAAGGCUCCGCCAGUGGAGUGGAGGCGGUACAGAGGCGUGAGGCGGCGGCCCUGGGGGAAGUUUGCGGCGGAGAUAAGGGACCCCGUCAAGAAAGGCUCCAGAAUGUGGCUGGGGACUUAUGAGACGCCGGAGGAGGCGGCUUUGGCUUAUGACAAAGCCGCGUUUAAAUUGCGCGGGUCGCGGGCUCGGGUUAAUUUCCCGCACCUUGUCGGGUCGGAUGCUCCGGAGCCAAUCAGGGUGACUAAGCGGAGCCAUGCGAUGUCAUCGGACCAGCCAACAACGUUGUUCUCAUCACCUUCAUCGACAGAAACCAGCGUUUCUCGGAAGAAAAUGAAAGUGGGUUUGGUCUAAUUAUUACAAAUUAGUUAGGGUUUUGUUUUAAUUGGUAACGGAGGUUGCAAAUUGCACAUCAAAACUCGGACCCGAUUUACUGCUGCACAUUGUAAUUAAUUAGUAAAUCAGUUGGUCUUUAAUGAAUGUGAAUUUCAU